CAGAGAAAGAGUUUGACUAGCUCUCUUCCACCACCGGUACCACCAAGACGUCUGGAGAAUAAUGGAGAGACCUCAACUUAAAGCUAAUGUAAACGUAGUGUCGCAAAAAGUAGGAAGCCUUGUGGACAUUACUAAAGCAUCUGCUAUACAGAGCAGCCAGAAACCAGUGCAUUGUGGGAAAUGCAAUGCCGUCAUGUCCUCUGCAAGCAGUCCAGAGACACACCAAACAACAAUAAUAUGGAGCUGUGAGUUUUGCGGGAAGGAGAACGUUUAUUCGCUGGCGCCACUAACGGCGGGGCGGUUUCCCUUGCGCUCUCCUCCAGGCAGGGAUAUACUUUACAUGGACGACAACAGGGACAUGGAGUAUGAGAACCUAGACGACAUGCUAAUUGUGCUGUGUGUAGACACUUCCGGAAGUAUGAGUGUUACUUCUGAGAUCUCUCCAGGUAACAGCAUGCGAUCACCCACAUAUAUUUCACGACUGCAGGGAGUCCAAGAAGCUCUUCAGAUGGUGCUGUCCACCCUGCAGAAAACCUCACCUCACAGAAGACUGGCACUGGUGACUUUUAACAAUGACUUUUAUGGUGACGGUACAGGGGUUCCUCUCACCCUGAGAGACUGGGCGCUGGUGGACUAUGACUAUCUGAAGAAGGAGGGAGAGACCUACAGCACGCCUCACUGCAUUGCAGAGACUAUCCAGCCUCUCACCCAGAAAAUCAAAGAACUCAGAGAACAUGGAGCCACAGCACUGGGACCUGCUGCCCUCAUCUCUGUUGCAAUGGCAUCCCUGUUCACAGGAUCAAAGGUUAUAAUCUGCACAGACGGGCAGGCCAACAUAGGACUAGGCCACUUAGAACAAGAGUCUUCCUCAAGAGCCCCCUCUCCUUAUUUCUGCAACCAGUUAGCCCAUUAUGCUGCUGAAAAGGGUGUGAUCGUGUCCGUGAUGACCUUUGAAGGAGAGGACUGUCGUUUGGCAGAGGUUGGGAGGCUGGUUGACCACACAGGAGGCAGAAUAAAUAUUGUAAAUAAUGGUACAGUCGCCACAGAGAUUCAGAGCGCUGUAGCUGACAAUGUCCUAGCAGCUAACGUCAUGGCAACACUUCUGGCACCGGAUGGCAUGUACUUCCCCUAUGAGGAGGAUAAUCAUCGGUUAGUGAGAGAGAUUGGCAACGUGACAGACUGUGUUGAGAUCACCUUUCAGUUUGCAGUCAGACCGGAAAAAGUUGAAAGUUUCCAGCAACAGGACCGGGUCCCUUUUCAGCUGCAGCUGAGUUUCAGGACUCGGGAAUUGCAGAAAGUGAUGAGAGUCGUCACUCAACAGAAACGGGUCACCACCAGCAGUUGGGUGUGGGCGGGCAGUUUAAAUAUGUCAGUGUUGGGCGUUCACUGCGCCCAACUGUGUGCCAGGCUGACUAUGGAGGGCCGAGUACAGGAAGCACAGAGACAACUCCGAGCUCAGCAGGACCUUCUCAAAGACAUCGGUCAACAGAAGCCAAGCCCUAAAGAAGAGAGCAUCUAUCAUGAGUAUGAUCGGUGA